UUGGUAGAAAAACCAAUUGAAGUAAAGCGCACUUUGUCCCCAAUUUUGCUUCUUUAGCCUUCACUGCACCUUCCUCGCAACAGCGUCUCAUCUCUUCACAAAACUUCAUUUCCCUUUUUUUUCUUCUUUGUUUUCCCCUUAUCCCAGCUUCUAAAAUUUAGUGUUCUUUUUUAUUUCAUGUGAUCGAUACUUUUGGGACUAAAAGAUGGUGGCAGACUCUUGGUUUCGUAGUCUUUGGAAAAUUCCGAGGAGGCAUGAGGGAACCUCCGAGAAGAUUGAAAUCGGAGUAUUAGCAUUUGAAGCUGCGAGCUUGAUGUCCAAGCUUGUGCACCUAUGGAAGCGUUUGAGUGAUAAAGAGGUUGUUAGGUUGAGAGAGGAAAUAACGAAUUCUGUUGGUAUUAAAAAGCUAGUGUCCGAAGAUGACGAAUACAUCGGACGCCUGAUAUGUGCAGAAAUGGUCGAAAAUAUUACCCAUGUUGCACAGUCUGUGUCUAGGCUUGCGAAGAAAUGUAGUGAUCCGGGGUUAAACAGUUUCAAACUUGUCUUCACUGAGUUGGUCCAGAUUGGUACCGACCCUUAUGGUUGGAUAUUUUCGUCUAAGAAGAUGGACAAGAAGGUUAAGAAAUUGGAACGAUUCAUUUCGGUUAAUGCUACUUUGUAUCAAGAGAUGGAACUGCUUGCAGAUCUUGAGCAAACGCUGAGGAGGAUGAAAAGCAGUGAUUUGGCACCAGAGAAUUUGCUUGAAUUUCAGAAGAAGGUCAUUUGGAAGCAGCACGAAGUGAAGAGCCUACGGGGGAGCUCUAUUUGGAAUAAGACUUAUGAUUAUACAAUUCGCCUUUUAUCAAGAUCAAUAUUCACAAUAUUUGGGAGGAUCAGACAUGUUUUUGGAAUUGAACACAGUGUAGACGUUGGGGAUUCAAGGGUGAUGAAUUCAGAUUUUAUGCAUCGCAGCCAAUCAGUUUCUGCCGUAAUGCAUUCUUCGGUUCUUCCAACCGAAAGCACUGGCCUUCCCAGAUUUUCUUCUGGCCCUUUAGGGAUUUUUAACACUAAAUCAGGCCCGAUUCCAACACCAAAUAAAACAAAUCAUUUUCAUUCGGGGCCUCUUGGUGGUUCAACCACAAGAUCAGGCUCUAUUUCUAGAAAGAAUGGAAAUUUGAACUUCCAUUCAGGUCCGCUUGGGAGACUUGCAGGAAGGUCUGGAGCACUUUUUGGAAUGGAUAAAAUCAGCAAGAUUUGGCAGACUAACAACCGCUCGGCUGCUAUUAACGGAAGGAAAUCGCAUUUGAAAAGCAAUAGAUUGACUCAAGUGGGACCUUUUAAAGGAUGCAUGGUAGCAGUUGACGGCGGUACCAUUAGAGAUUGUUAUGUAAGUUCAAAUGGCGUUCAUUCCGGAAUUCCGAAUGGAACCAAAGAUGGAAACCUUAACCUUCCUGAAGGAAAUGCUGCCCAGAGUAGUUCAUUGGUGUUCAGAUCUCAAUGCCGGUUGUUGGAUGCUCCGCCUGAAACACUUGGUGCUUCUGCUUUAGCAUUGCACUAUGCAAAUGUUAUCAUUGUAAUCGAGAAGUUAGCAGCAUCUCCCUACUUGAUUGGUCAUGAUGCCAGAGAGGAUCUGUACAACAUGUUACCCGCAAGUGUGAGAAACGCUCUGAGGGUUAGGCUAAAACCGUAUGCAAAGAAUUUAGCUUCAUUGGUUUAUGAUACAGAGCUUGCUGAAGAAUGGACAGAAGCAAUGUCUUCCAUAUUAGAGUGGUUGGCGCCACUAGCUCAUAACAUGAUUAGGUGGCAAUCCGAGCGGAGUUAUGAACAGAACUUUGUUUCCCGAAGUAAUAUUCUUCUGGUGCAGACUCUCUACUUUGCAAAUCGAGAAAAGACGGAAGCAGCAAUCACUGAGAUUCUUGUUGGUCUUAAUUAUGUCUGGAGACAUGAGAGAGAACUCAAUGCAAAGGUACUGCAGGAAUAUGCAGGCAGUAGAAUAUUCGAUGAUUGUUUGGAUCUCGAGAAACGAAGUUCUUAAGCCUCUGUUUCAGUAUGAUAUCUCCACGUAUCAAUGGCAUUGAGUUGAAUUCGGUCUAUUCAGUUUCCAGCCAGCGACAGUCUCGAUUUGCCUGCAUGAUUGAAGAUGAGAGAAUUCUCCAGCCUUCUGUGAAAUACAAGCCAAAAGCAUUCUUGUGUGGGUCAGGUAUAGUUUGGGCUUUGCUGGUGAUCUAGUUUCGAAGAUUCCUCGUAAUGCCGUUUUUCUAGUUAAGCAAUUAUCUGUGAAAUGUGUUUAUUAAUUAGCAAUAUUGAUACCCUUCGGAAUUUAUUGUUUAUGUACCAUAUAGGCUGUUUGCCCACCCGUUUAUAUGUAACGGGUGCGACACAGUUGAGUGAUCUCUCAUCGGCAGGCUGUGUAUGAUGUGAUAAUAUACGAACUGAAGCAGAUAGAAGCGAGCUGGUUGGCCUGAAUUCGAAGUCAAAUAUCACCAUUUUUAAAACGCAGGCUAACAUGUUAGAGCUAUGAAAUUGCAAUGAGGUUGCUUGGACUUAUGUUUUUGGUUGAA